AUGGCCACCAACAUGACCGGUGACUACCCAGCAUACCCCACCGGCCUCCCCUACAACUCCAGCCUAGACUAUGAGGAUUACGACCAGGAACUCGAUGCCAGUAAUAUCAUCAUCCCCUCCAUCUACGCCCUGGUCUGCUGUGUGGGUCUUACAGGCAAUGCCAUGGUCAUCUAUGUGAUCCUCAAAUACGCCAAGAUGAAAACUGCCACCAAUAUUUAUAUAUUAAAUCUGGCAAUUGCAGAUGAACUGUUUAUGUUGAGUGUUCCGUUCUUGGCGACAUCGGCGGCUGUACGUCAUUGGCCGUUCGGCUCACUCAUGUGCCGUCUGGUGUUGAGCGUGGACGGCAUAAACAUGUUUACAUCUAUCUUCUGUCUGACGGUGUUGAGCGUGGAUCGAUAUGUGGCCGUGGUUCACCCUAUCAAGGCUGAUUACAUUCUCUCCUGUCUCUUCAGAGCUGCACCAACUGAGUUUAAAGGUAUUUGGCUAAGGUGUAUGUAAACUUCCGACUUCAACUGUAUAUACGGUAUUCUAUACUAUGUAUUGCAUCUUAGCCUAUGCCGCUCUGACAAUGACAUUGCUCAUCCAUAUAUUUAUAUUUAUAUUUAUAUAUUCUUAUUCCAUUCCUUUAUUUAGAUUUGUGUGUAUUAGAUAUUUGUUGUGGAACUAUUAGAUAUUACGUGCUAGAUAUUACUGCACUGUCGGAACUAGAAGAACAAGCAUUUCGCUACACUCACAAUAACAUGUGCUAACCAUGUGCAUGUGACCAAUACAUUUUAUUUUUGAUUUGAUUUGAUUUAUUUAGUAAUGAAUCCGCUGAUAGGAACAUCGCUGAAAGAUGUCCAAUGGCUCUAUCGAACAAGGACAACCAUAUCUACACGCACAAAAACGUAUAGUGUGAUCAGUAUAACAUAGAGCCUUCACGAAAUGCCACAAUGCUGGACUACAUUUAUUUUUAGAUCUCGGCCCUCCCCAUCAAUACACCGGAAGCUGUCAUAGGGUGUAUCAUUCAGCACGCGAAGCCCAGACCUGACUUCCUCCUGGGCAAUUAUGUAUGAAACACAUAUCACUGUCCUAUAAAUGCCUCGGACAUGAUGAAAGCAAGCCCAAAUUCCCCCAGGGUGAAAUUCCCCUUUAAGUUGAAGUUUUACCAUAAUUUCAAUGUUUACAACGCUGGUUAAAAUUAGAUGAAAACAGUACUGGUUGAUGACUUUUGUGUUUUCCACGUAGAUUCCACAUCACAAUAGGUUGACAAAUGAUGUUGAAACAACGUUGAUUCAACCAGUGUGUACCCAGUGGGAGGAGAGAGAGCGAGAGAGAGAGAGAGAGAGAGAGAUUUAGAGAGAGAGAGCAAGAGACAGAGCGAGAGAGAGAGAGAGCGAGAGUAUCCCUUUAGAAAGACAGACAUACAAUUGUCCCUGGACCAGAAAGGGAUUAUAUCCACAGAGUGAGACCUUGGCAGACCUUAACUGACCUUAAUUUGAGGCUGCUUGUGACAAACUUUUUCCUUUCCCCCAAUAACCUCGAACCAUCUUAGAACAUGACUGUGCUGGGUUAUAGCCAACUAUUUAUACCCAGCACUAUCCUUUCCUAAAUUGGUUCUAGGUUAUUGAAAGGUUAAGGAAAGUUAGUCCCGAGCAGCUAUGCCUGUAUAUUCUGGUGUAAUAUAGGAUAACAAACCCCCUGUCACGAUCGUCUGAAGGAGGAGACCAAUGCGCAGCGUUGUGAGUGAACAUGAUGACUUUAUUUAUCAAAGCGACCACGAAAAAACAACAAAAGACGAUACGUGAAGUUCUCUAUGACACCGACUGAACAUAGCACAAGGAAACACGACUAGUGAAGUCCACAGUCAACCUGACUGAAAACGGAAACAAUAACCCACAAUGCCCACAGGAAAACAUGCAGUAUAAAUAUGGCUCCCAAUCAGAGAUAACGAGCCGACAGCUGACACUCGUUACCUCCGAUUGGGAGUCAAUGACCAAACCUAGAAAUAAACGUGACAGAAAUGCAAACAUAGAAAAUCACCCAAAACCCAACAAAACACAAUACACCCUGGCUCAAAUACAAAAGUCCCGGAGCCAGAGUGUUACAGUACCCCCCCCUAAAGGUGCGCACUCCGGGCGCACCAGCAUACAGUCUCGGGGAGGGUCUGGGUGGGCGUCUGUCCACGGUGGCGGUUCUGGCCCUGGUCGUGGUCCCCACCCCACCUUAGUCACCACCCGCUUCCCUAGCCUCCUCCACAUGACCACCCCCCAAUUAAACCCCACUGGAUUAAGGGGCGGCACCGGACUAAGGGACAGUACCUGACUAAGGGGCGGAUCCUGGCUGGCUGGCUCUGGCGGAUCCUGGCUGGACGGCUCAUGGCAGGCUGAAGGAUCUGGCUGCUCAUGGCUGGCUGACGGAUCUGGCUGCUCAUGGCUGGCUGACGGAUCUGGCUGCUCAUGGCUGGCCGACGGAUCUGGCUGCUCAUGGCUGGCCGACGGAUCUGGCUGCUCAUGGCUGGCCGACGGAUCUGGCUGCUCAUGGCUGGCGGAAGGCUCUGGCUGAUCCUGUCUGGCAGAAGGCUCUGGCUGAUCCUGUCUGGCAGAAGGCUCUGGCUGAUCCUGUCUGGCAGAAGGCUCUGGCUGAUCCUGUCUGGCGGAAGGCUCUGGCUGAUCCUGUCUGGCGGAAGGCUCUAGCGGCUCUGGUCUGGCGGACGGCUCUGAUGGCUCAUGGCAGACGGGCGGCUUUGCAGGCUUUAGGCAGACGGGCAGUUCAGGCCCCGUUGGGCAGACGGCAGACUCUGGCCGUCUGAGGCGCACCGUAGACUUAGUGCGGGUGGCCGGAACAGGCCGGACCGGGCUGGCGACGCGCACCGUAGUCUUGGUGCGGGUGGCAGGAACAGGCCGGGUCGGGCUGGCGACGCGCACCGUAGUCUUGGUGCGGGUGGCAGGAACAGGCCGGGUCGGGCUGGCGACGCGCACCGUAGUCUUGGUGCGGGUGGCAGGAACAGGCCGGACCGGGCUGGCGACGCGCACCGUAGACUUGGUGCGGGUGGCAGGAACAGGCCGGACCGGGCUGGCGACGCACACCGUAGACCUGGUGCGGGUGGCAGGAACAGGCCGGACCGGGCUGUGGAGACGGAUAGGAGGCCUGGAGCGAACAGCGGACACCACCCGUCCUGGCUGAAUGCCUACCCUCACACACUCUGUGUGAGGCAUCCGCACAGGACAUACAGGGCGGUGUACCCCUGGCCUGGUGGCCUCCUGGAUACUCCCCCUUUUCUCCUCCGUCAGCCCUGUCGUCCAUGCCGUGUGCCCCCCCCUAAAAAUUUUCUGGGGUUGAUACACGACCCUCCGACGAUGGCCCUGCUGCCGCCGUUGCUCCUCUCUCGCCAGGGCCUUGAUCCUUCCCCAAGGUCCCUUGCCUCCGAGCAUGUCCUCCCAGGACCACGAUGUGCCCACCUGGGCCAUCGCCAGCCUCUCCAUCUCCUUGCCCGGUGCCUCCUCCCAUGUCCAGUCUCCCUGCUCCUGGACACGCUGCUUGGUCUUUCUUUGGUGGGUUAUUCUGUCACGAUCGUCUGAAGGAGGAGACCAAUGCGCAGCGUUGUGAGUGAACAUGAUGACUUUAUUUAUCAAAGCGACCACGAAAAAACAACAAAAGACGAUACGUGAAGUUCUCUAUGACACCGACUGAACAUAGCACAAGGAAACACGACUAGUGAAGUCCACAGUCAACCUGACUGAAAACGGAAACAAUAACCCACAAUGCCCACAGGAAAACAUGCAGUAUAAAUAUGGCUCCCAAUCAGAGAUAACGAGCCGACAGCUGACACUCGUUACCUCCGAUUGGGAGUCAAUGACCAAACCUAGAAAUAAACGUGACAGAAAUGCAAACAUAGAAAAUCACCCAAAACCCAACAAAACACAAUACACCCUGGCUCAAAUACAAAAGUCCCGGAGCCAGAGUGUUACACCCCCUAAGGUAGCUGUGGGGAAGAGUGUUGGAAAAUAUAGCUUGUUAUUAGUACACAGCUGAAGUAGGGGCACUGUUUUUCGAUUUCCCUGUAGAGUAAAAGAGUCAACAAUAAAAAAAAAUGUAUGUGCACUGUGAAUCAAUAUAUAGCUGUUUCGACUAAUUAUUAUUAAUUAACUGGUUCCACAGCCUUUUCUUUGUUUACUCCGAUUUCCGGUCCAAGUGUUACCUGAACGUAACAUUUUUAGUUGGCCCAAACGUGAGAAAACCUUGACAAAAAUUCAGUGAACUUAAAAUUAUGUGUUUGCUCAUCUUGUCUCAUAAUGUUCAUUCAACUGUACAUUAUGAUUUGGCCGUCUUAACUAAGAAAGGCUGUGCAACUGGUUACACACACAAUUAUUACUUAUAACAUACAAUGUUUUCAACAUAUUUGAAACACGUUGACAUGCAUGAUUACAUUGUGUAAAUUAAUUUAUACAGUAAUUAUUACGGAACAUGUCCUCACCUAGGAUUUGAACUCACAACCCCUUGGUUCACUGCAUUCAGAUCUUCCUGCUACACCACCAGCUCUGUGUCAAUUAUCAGUUAAUCUGACUAAUCUCUCAUCAUUGAUUUGAUUUACUUAUUUCAGUAAUUUUAGGGUUUUCUGUAUAGUUAGUUGUUUAAUGUUGGUGGGGCAUACAGUAUUACUCUGUUUUAAUGUUACUCCUUAAUCACUAUAAUAAAUAAAAUAGCUUUUCUUGAGUGUAGUUUUAACAGAGCUGAGAUUUACUUUGAAGUGCAAAGUGUAUCAAUACAAGUGAAAUCACUCAUUGACACAGACAUGGUGGCGUAGCAGGAAGAUCGGUAUGCCGUGAACCAAGAGAUUGUGAGUUGAAAUCCCAGGUGAGAAUAUGAAUGACUGUAUUUAUAGUUUAAUGAACACAUGAGACAAGUUGAGCAAACACAUUUUAAGUUGACAGAAUUUUUGCAUAAGUUUUCUCAAGUUGGAGCUAAGUUUGGGCCAACUAUAAAUGUUACGUUCAGGUAACACUGACUAAAAAAUGCUGUGGAACUAGUUAAUAAUUAGUUAAAACAACUUGAUUGUCCCCCACGAUGAAAUCGGAGAGGGGACUUUGGAUCGGUCUCCUUCCUUCCGUCCGUUCGUCUGUCCUUUCGUUCGUACAUUAGUCAAACGCGAUAUCUUAGACAGCACUGGCCCGAUUUUGACAGAACUUGGGUGGAUGAUGUGUCUUGCCAUAGAGAUCAGGCAUUUACAAAAUUACACUGAUUGGCCCAAUGCGGGAGCUAUAAUAAUUAACUGAAAUGUGUGAGUCACAUCAGUGAGGAAGAGGCGAAGCUAGAAGGAUAACCGGGCCCAAAAUCUAUCUUCUUCAGCAGGUGUCGUUUUUUUUGUAUUGUUUUCACUCACUAAGCUAGGAGUUGUUGUAUGGAGGUCAAUGAGAGAGUGUCAAAUUUGGUUAACAAAAAAUGGAAUGGCUUAUCUGCUACGUGUGGCUUAUGUGAUCGAAUAGAAGUUUCAUGGUACUUAGGUUGUUACGAAUGUACUGACAAGUAGGACACGUGACAUCCCAGCAACUUUGAGGAAAAACACUUUAUAUCGUAGUUGUGCUUCUUGUUCACACGCGUCUCUGCCCUCUCAUUGGCUAGAAUGGGCCCACCUGAUCUUGCCUCCUCCCGACUGCCUUCUAGUCUGAGUACCAGUCUCUUUAGCUAACAUUCCAGUCUUUGUCAUUACCAAAGAGUCUUUGGCACAUGACAUGGAGUACAGGGAGUGGAUUAGCUAAAGAGACUGGUACCCAGGCUAACAACCUUCCAUUUUUGAAGACGUUUAUUUUCAUUGUCAGAUCGGCCAUUGUUAAAGUAUCUGGUCAAUAUAAUGGAUAAUCUGUGGUCAGACUGAAAUGUGUUAUUCACACGCAAUAUCUCAAUUGGGGGGGGGGGGCUGCAUCAUUUGUGGGGGAUGACAUAUUUACUGUUGCCUUGUUGCUUUUUUAUGGUGUGCAUGACUAAGACAAAAAUUCUGACUUGAGGUGACCUUCCCACUGGGCACAUACGUCAAUUCAACGUCUAAUCUACGUUGGUUCAACAUAAUUUCAUUGAAAUUACGUGGAAACAACAUUGAUUCAACCAGUGUGUGCCCAGUGGGUUGGCCCUAAAAAAGUAUAAGGCUGAUGCCAAAUAUCCCAAUGUAUAGAAGGGGGAAAAGAACACCACAGCACGUCGGUACUUUCACCCCGAUCAAGUCCGACAGGCAUUCUGUAUGGACCACGCUAAAAGCAGACAGAACGGACCCCUGCUCCAGUAGAGUGCCUGAUGGAUACAUAGUGUCAGAGCCUGAGGUAACAGAGCCCAGUUAGAGAAAUGCUCUUCCAAGAGGAUGUAUUAGCCAGCUAGCCCCCACAUCUGAUUCUACCUAGGGGUCUUAAUAACCAGCAAUUGGGCUCCAGUCUUCUAUCCAGGGGGUCAUUUAGCAAGAAUUAGCAACAAAAACCGAGGAUCCCCACCUUAUAGACACGGCCCGUGCAAAGAACUGCCUGAACUGAAAUCAAUGGGGAAGAAGAGAGAGAGAGAGAUGGGUCUACAUUUCCAGGUCUAAUAAUCCAGGGACUCGUCCUACUCAUCCUCAUUGACUCUUUGUGUUUCAACACAAUAAACUGAGAGAUAAGGUUUUAGGAGCACAUGUUUGACCCUAAAGACCCAGAGAAAACGUUUCAUUGACUGAAUCUGCAACCGGCUAGGAACUGAACAACAGUUGGCAAGGUGGAGAGAAAAUAAAAGAUGAUUAUAGCCCCAAUGAGUCAAUGGACUGUAGCUAAAAAACACUUAUGGAAAUCCAAUACCUAUCUUUCAAUAAGUCUGUGUUGUGUCAAUAUUGAGCCUGCAUAUACGUCCAUCAUUAUUGAGGACAUCUACAGCACCCGAUGUCACAGGAAGACCAAAAAGAUAAUCAAGGACAUCAACCACCCAAGCCAUGGCCUGUUCACCCCGCUAUCAUCCAGAAGGUGAGGUCAGUACAGGUGCAUCAAACCUGGGCCCGAGAGACUGAAAAACAGCUUAUAUCUCAAGGCCAUCAGACUGUUAAAUAGCCAUCACUAGCCGGCCUCCACCCAGUACCCUGCCCUGAACUUAGUCACUGUCACUAGCCGGCUACCACACGUUUACUCAACCCUGCACCUUAGAGGCUGCUGCCCUAUGUACAUAGACAUGGAAUCACUGGUCACUUUAAUAAUGUAACACUGGUCACUUUAAUAAUGUUUACAUACUGUUUAACUCAUUUCAUAUGUGUAUACUGUAUUCUACUGUAUUCUAUUCAAUGCAACUCCGACAUUACUCGUCAAAAUAUUUAUAUAUUUCUUUAUUCCAUUCUUUUACUUUGAAAUGUGUGUAUUGUUGUGAAUUGUUAGAUACUACUGCACUGUUGGAGCUAGGAACACAAGCAUUUCGCUACACCCGCAAUAACAUCUGCUAAAUAUGUGUAUGUGACCAAUAACAUUUGAUUUGAUUUGAUUUAUUGCCUGGCACAUAUAGACCUGUUGUUUAUUAUAUCUCGAGGUGUGCCUAAAGUAUCAAAGUCAAUGAUGCUGUCCAUAUAGCACCGCUAGGCAUGUACUUGACACUAUAAAGCAAUUGACCCUUCGCUAAGCCCCGCCCCAGAAUUUAGGUAAACCAAUCGCAGCUCUCCAAUGGAUAGCAGCUGUCAUCAAGUCCAACACCUCGAUAAAUUCAGAUGAAAGCCAAUGAGGGCUACUGCAAAAAUGGAGCUUUAAAAAAAUUAAAAGUAUAAUGUAAAGGCUAAAUAAUUGAACAGUGCACCAGGAGUACUUGCUACAUUGAUUCCUGAAAUGCAAAAGCCUGUUGAUGGAUUAUUUUUCAAAUCCGAAAUUAUACUUUUGUUACAUUGUUUGCUAGCUCAGCUCUUGACCACCAAAAGUUGCUAACACUAGCUAGCUAGCCACUUAAUCUAACUUAUUUUCUCAAAAUAUAUCUUAGCUAGCAAAGUUAGCAACCUUAUGAAUACAACCCAUCUGCUGUGGAUCUGAACCUCACAUAAUGAACCAUAAUAAUAUGCCAUUUAGCAGACGCUUUUAUCCAAAGCGACUUAGUCACGCGUGCAUACAUUUUUACGUAUGGGUGGUCCUGGGGAUCGAACCCACUACCCUGGCGUUACAAGUGCCAUGCUCUACCAAUUGAGCUACAGAGGAGGACCAUCACUCAUCUGCCUGACACUGAACAGCCUUGUACUUCUACAUAUACAGAACACAGAAGUUCUGAUUCCGUUUCAAGACCCCUGCCAUUUGCAUGCACGGCUGCGUAAUUUCCAAUCUGCAUAUUACAGCUCCAUUGGCAGGCUAAAUCACACUCUAGGGUGUAUGAGCGAGCGUCAUAUUUUGGCUCGUAACGAAUGGAGGGAAGGAGAUGGUGAGCAGUUCAUCGGCAUUCAGCAGGCUCUGUAGUUUGCAGUAUCUCAGCUGAAAAGACAACACUUGCUACGGGGCUGUCGCACAGACAGUAAAGUGGAAGCAAUGCUCAUUCAGGUCAGCAGCUCCUAGAGUUUGGGGAGUAUAGGGGUGAUGGGGCUUCAGUAUCUCUCUGCACAUGGCUGAGGAGCUCUGUCUCUUUCUCCCAAGUUACUUUUAUCUCUCCCCUGUCCUCCCUGUUCGGGGAACAAAACGAUAUUGGGCUGGUGUGUGUGUGGAGGGAGGCAGAGGGAGACAGCCUGGCUGCAUGGCACAUAGUUUCUUCAGACAUCUGGUUCUAAUAUCUCCUCUUGCACUUUCCCCUUCUCCCCCCGGUCCAUCCCCUCCAGUCAGCCUUGCCAUUGUUGUCAGUGCUCCGUGGGUUGACUGCUGCUCCACUCUGGCCUCUCAGUCUCCCAGCCAGCUGAGUAUGUCUGCCAAGCACGCCAGCCAGACCACACCUGACUGA